GGAUGGAUGAAAUCCUCUGAGAGGGUCGCUGCGAGUUGGCUGCGAGCUGAAAAGAAAAAGAACCGACGCUGAAGUAGCGGUCAUGGCGUCAGACGGCGACUGGUUGGAGGCCAUGGUGGCUCAGAUGAAGGCGAUGGAGCGGCGAAUCGAUUUGGCCAUGCAGAAGAACACCACUGUCGCCGAGGAGCCGCAGCCUCAGGACCAUCGCACUGGCGGGCCGACGACUGCCACUGCUGCGGCCGCUGAGCUCCCGUCGGCAUCAGCCACAUCGGCACCCGACAGAACUCACAGGAGCGGACGGCAGGAAGGCGCUGCUUCUGCACACUGUGGACCCAUUGGGGGUCCGUCUGACGAGUCAGCCCCGCUGCCCAAGCGCCAGCAGUCCACUGGGCCGCCCCGCACCCCAAAAGAUCCAUCGCCAUCAACCGAGAAGGCCCCUGCACCUGACGGCGGCGAUGGGCGCGGGAAGGAGCGGCCGCAUCGUCAGCGGCACGGACACAUCAGACGACCAGCUGCGCCGCCCAAGCGCAUGCAGUCUGUUGAGCUGACUAACAGAGAGCAGCCAGUCGCCCCUUUCGAAGCAGCUGAUACCUUCGAUGAGACGGCCGCUGCCAUCAGCCGGCUGCAGCGUGAUAUCGCCGCCAUGGCCCACGAGCACCAGGCGGCUAUCGGGAUCGACGACACUGGGGCUGGUAGGGGGGAGGACAGUCAUGUGGGCGCCUCUGAUGUGCGGGUCGUCGAAAGCCCCAGACCGCCCGUUGCCCGAGCUCCAAACCCACCAAGGUGGAGACGAUAGAAGAAAGAGCCGGCACACGAAGUGUUCACAUGUCUGGAUGUGAGUGUGUUUGCUUGCCUCAGGGAAAGUCAGUCUGCUGUGGAGCGCUCAUUGCCGUCGACCACUCAGCUGCUUUACCAGGUGCCGGACGGCCAUUGGGUCUCGCGGGCUCAGUACGAGUGGUCGGGGGCCGCCGCCGACGCCGUCCUCAGACCCGCCCAAGACACGCAAGACAAGAAGCAGCACCCCCACCCCCACCAGCCCCACCGCACAGCCACUAGCAAUCGCACGGCGGCCUACGACCAGGAGCCGAUCUGCGAGAGGGCCCCGCCGUCCUUUGUGCCGCCGGUCGAUCCGCACCACGCCCGGCAUGAGAGGGGCCGGCAGCUGGCCGGCAGUCAGAUGAAGGCACUCAUGCGCGACAAUGAUGCGGCUCGUGGUGGCGGCUCGUCGGGCCAGCAGAGGGGCGCCGGCAGCAAACUCGUGUCGUCCACGGCGGCGAGUGCUCGUGGAGGGGCGGCUGGACUGGUAACUGACCAGCAGGCCGGGUGCGUUGUCAAUCUGGCGCAGACUCACCUCUUUACCACUAUGGAGGGUGAGGCCUCAUAGCGGCAUUUCUACAACAGGGGAUCAAAUCACGAGGCUUCUACGUACGUAUGGUAUGUGUGUAUCGUUCAGAUGUGUCUCGCAGGCUGGUGGAUGUGUCCCGUACGUUGAGGGAUGGCCGCUGGCACCAUGACGGACGCCAGGAACACCAGCCAGGCUUCCACCGGUGGGUGGGCAAGGGACGGACACCUUGGGCACACAUGGACUGACUGCAGGACUGCCUGCCUGCCUGCCCUCAUGUCCAUUCAUCUCAGGACGUCUAUCCAUCGUAUCUUCGAGCAGGAGAAUCGACCCCUCGCCGCCCGCCCCAGCUCACACCCAGGCCCUCUCAGCGCCGACCACCGGCAGAGCAGCCCCGAGCCGUCCGACUACCCCAACUCACACGCCGAGACAACCAACCCGGCCGUCCCCCCGCUACUGCCCCUCUCGCCGCCGAAUGCUGGGCAGGAAGAUGCAGGCGAGAUCCAGCAUAAGGCGGCCCAUCAGACGAGCGAGAGCGGCGUCGGUCGUCAACCGGCAAGGAGGGGCGACGGGCUGCGGGAGAAGCGCAACUUCAUCCGCGAGAAUGCGCUAGCGGUCAUUGGCACACGGAGGGCGCCUAAGGGCGGUCGGGGCAGCAGGAGGGUGGUCCCCGGAGUGCCGAAUGGGAGGACGCAGGCGCAACAUGCACAGCGAGGUGCCGACAGAGAGGGAGGGAAGGGACCUGCGCGUUGUCUACUGAUCUCUUUGUCUCCUUUGUGUGUGUGUUCAGGGGUUUCAUCUGUCCAGCGGCAAUCAGCAGGCCAGGCCGAUCGGACGACAGUGUAGAUACAACUUCCAGGCGGUGCCUGGCUGUGCCUGGAUGCAGAGGAAUGUGACAAGGAGGAGCAGAGGCGGGACCGCCUUCGCUCCUUUCUCUCGCCAUCUGGAUCGAUGUCAGCUGCGCCACCAUGUUCCAG